CUAAAUGACAAAUAGACCACUCAGGCGAGAUUUUUUUUUAAACUUGUCUUUUUAACUUCAAUGCAGCACGUGUAGACGCUGUCGACUUGCAUAUUAUCUAAAAGUUAUUAGUUUAAGGUUAUAUCCAAACGAUGCCUUCGGACGCGAAGAAACGAGCGCAACAAAAGAAAAAAGAGCAAGCGAGUAAUAGGAACAAAAAACCCGUAGCGAGGGUAACUAAUGCGGAAGAAAAUGGAUCGACCAACGGAACUAUGAAAGAAGACCGUGAACUCACUGCAGAAGAGGCAUUAUGCUUGAAACUGGAAGAAGAGGCCAAGAUGAAUUCCGAAGCUAGAUCCUGCACUGGGUCCUUAGCUGUGCACCCUCGCUCAAGGGAUGUCAAGAUAGCAAAUUUCUCCAUCACAUUCUAUGGUAGCGAACUACUUCAAGAUACUCUGCUAGAACUCAACUGCGGCAGAAGAUAUGGAUUAGUUGGUUUAAAUGGAUGUGGCAAGUCGUCAUUGCUGUCAGCGUUGGGUAGGCGCGAAGUGCCGAUACCUGAGCACAUUGAUAUAUUCCAUCUGUCCCGGGAGAUGCCGGCCUCCGAUAAAACUGCGCUGAAGUGCGUUAUGGAGGUGGACCAGGAGAGGAUCCAGCUGGAAAAACUCGCUGAGGAACUCGCUCAGUGUGAGGACGAUGAGUCCCAGGAGCAGCUGCUAGAUGUAUACGACCGGUUAGAUGACCUCAGCGCUGACACGGCCGAAGCGCGCGCUGCUAAUAUUCUCCACGGCUUAGGUUUCACCAAGGAGAUGCAAAAUAAAGCCACCAAGGACUUUUCUGGAGGUUGGCGUAUGAGAAUUGCUCUUGCCCGUGCACUGUAUGUAAAGCCCCACUUAUUGCUUCUUGAUGAACCGACCAACCAUCUUGACUUGGAUGCUUGUGUAUGGUUAGAAGAGGAACUUAAGCAGUACAAACGAAUUUUAGUGCUUGUGUCACAUUCACAAGAUUUUAUGAACGGUGUGUGCACAAAUAUUGUUCAUAUGAACAAACGACGGCUCAAGUAUUAUACGGGUAACUACGAGGCGUUCGUACGCACGCGUAUGGAGUUACUCGAGAACCAAAUGAAACAGUACAAUUGGGAACAAGAUCAGAUCGCGCAUAUGAAGAAUUAUAUCGCUCGGUUUGGUCACGGCUCGGCCAAGCUCGCUCGUCAAGCUCAGUCCAAAGAGAAGACUUUAGCCAAGAUGGUCGCCCAGGGUCUUACGGAGAAGGUGGUUGAUGACAAAAUCCUUAACUUCUACUUCCCGUCGUGUGGAAAGGUUCCUCCCCCGGUUAUUAUGGUGCAGAAUGUAUCGUUCAGAUAUACAGACAGUAGUCCGUGGAUCUACAAGAACUUAGAGUUCGGUAUUGAUCUCGAUACUCGGCUCGCGCUCGUUGGGCCUAACGGUGCUGGAAAAUCUACUUUGCUGAAACUACUAUACGGAGAUCUGGUACCGAGCACCGGAAUGAUCCGUAAGAACUCCCAUCUCCGAAUCGGUCGUUAUCACCAGCAUCUGCACGAAUUGCUCGACCUGGAUCUGUCUCCGCUAGACUACAUGCUCAAAGAGUUCCCCGAGGUGCGAGAACGGGAGGAGAUGCGGAAGAUCAUCGGAAGAUACGGCUUGACGGGUCGACAACAGGUGUGUCCGAUGCGUCAGCUGUCAGACGGUCAGCGUUGCAGAGUGGUGUUCGCUUGGCUCGCCUGGCAAACCCCCCACUUACUGCUACUCGACGAACCCACCAAUCACUUGGACAUGGAAACCAUAGACGCGCUAGCCGACGCCAUCAAUGACUUUGACGGAGGAAUGGUCCUAGUUAGCCACGACUUCCGACUUAUUAACCAGGUCGCUGAAGAGAUUUGGAUUUGCGAGAACGGUACAGUCACCAAGUGGCAGGGAGGCAUUCUCAAGUACAAGGAUCAUCUCAAGUCGAAGAUCUUAAAGGAGAACGCCGAUAACGCGGCAAAAAUCCGCAAAUAGUAAAAAUUGUAGUACGAUUGUCUUAGAAAAUAUGCAAAGCUAUCUCUUUUACACCUGAGAUGUAAUUAAUGCACCCAAUAAAGUAUUUAUGUAUCUUUUAA